AUGGCGUUGGCCAAAGUUAUUUUGUUGGCAGCUGCCCUUGGCUGUUCAGGCCAGGAUUGUUCUGGGCACGGAGUAACUUGGGGUCCCGGCAUUGGACCGCCUCCCCCUGGGUGUGGAGGUGGCCCUGGUGCCCCCCCUGGCGGCACUGGCCCUUCUCCGCCUUCGGGUGGAACGGCUGGUUGCACAAAUCCAUCGUGCAGCAGCCCUCCCUGCGCCGCGCCCCUGUUGGGCGACGUUGGUUGCACCAGUGUGGCUGGAAUGGAGACCUACAAUCACGAGACGUUGUCAAUUGGUGACACCAUCAGCAGUGGGGCACAUAUCUAUGGGCCUUUUGAGGCUGGAUUUACCUCGCAGCAGGACAAUAUCAUCUCAACUUGGGGUUGUUCAACUCCUUCUGUCGUCUAUGACACCGAAGGUGGAACCGAUAUUGGCAUCGCUGAGAAGCGUGUGGCUCACCUUUGCAACAUCGAAUUCCCUCGGAUUGUAGGUAACACUUACUACGGGGUGGUUGGCCCCUGUGGUGGUCACACGAAUGACUACCACUUUCACAGAGGUUUCAGCUGCUUGUACGCUGAAUCUGGUGGUCACUCAACGAAGGUGGGAGACGUUGCGUCCCAUGGCAUCUAUGGCAAAUGGGAAGACUAUGAUUUGAAGAGGCUACCCUUGCUGGAUGCGUGUGGGGCUCAUAUUGGUCCAACACCUGACUCAGCCACCCCAGUGUACCACUACCACGUGCAAGACCAAGCUCCUUUCACUGUGGGCUGUCAUGGUCCCAGUCAGAGCGGGGGGUUGGUCAGUGUUGCCGUGUGCCGCAGCUUGUACUCCGACUGUGACAAUGAUGGCGGCAGCGGCACCACGCUGACAACCAAGACAGGCAACGUGCAAUAUGAUCGCUAUUGUCCCUGCUUCGAUGCAACUGGUUCCAACAUGGGCACCAACGUUCAGGAACUUCCAGCAUUGAGCUCCAGUGAGAUCUACUACUCAGCGGACAGCGCAGCAACCACCACGACCACCACCACCACCACAACGACCACCACUGUGACCACCACUACGACCACCACCACUAUGACCACAACCACUACGACAACCACCGCGACUACGACCACCACGACCACCUUGACCACUACCUCCACCUCCACUACCUCCACUAUGGCCACCACGACCAAGACGACCACUCCAAGAAGCGUGACCGCCACGACCCCUACGACCAUGACCCGCACUGCGACAAUUGCAGUCACCGGAGCCACAGCCACCUCCACUACAACCACUCAGACCCCAAGCACCCCAACCACCACAACCACAACGGAAAGCCCAACCACAACCGUAGGAACCACUAUCAGUGAGACAACGGCUGAAUCCACUAAGGCUGAAUCCACAACGGCUGGGACCACAACCGAGGCAAGCAGGACAACCACCGUAGCUGGUGGCACGAGUGCCGUAGCCGGUGAUUUGUCGAUUGCAUCAGCCUCAAUGACUGCGCGGAGUGGAGCAACUGAUGUCAGCUCCAGCACCGAAUCUGCGACAGCCACGACAGCUACGACAACUACGACAGCCACGACAGCUGCGGGCGUCGUGGCUGACUCAGAGCCUCCGGUGAUCACAGAAGUCACUGACAGUAAUGGCAUCACAAGAUUGAAUGCUUACAGCUUGGGAUCAGUUCUAAUGGCGCUUUGCAGCUUUGGUCCCACGCUAGAAAUCUAGUAAGUUAUAGUAGUUAGCACCCAAAUCGUAGAAUAUCGUAGAACUAGAAGCGCGAUGGCCUUGGCACGAGCAUGUUGGCGAGUGCCGAGAUUUUGCUUCCAGGAUUCCAGCCGAAGGUUGGAAGCCAAACGAAGCCAAUAUCGUUUAUAUCAUAAUUAUACGUAUCAUAUCUUUUAUCAAAAAUCUUUGACAAGUCGUCUGGACUUGCAGCUUUGAGGUUUUGCGAACUUUGGUGCCAUCCCUGAUCUCAGCUUUUCCAGGCAAGUGUAGUAAACACCACUGCAUGGUGCUGCCUGCUGAGAUGGCAGAUGCAUGAAAAAAGGAUCGAAAAGGAGCUCAAAA